GCUGCACGUUCCCGCUGACGCACAGACGACGUAACAAAUGAGCGUAGGAAACGUCUACGUGUGACGCAAAGACGCUGGUCCGGGGAUCCCGGAAGUGUCUGCGCAUUGUUUACAUCCUCCUCUUUGUUCGGUGGACUUUCCGCCAAAAUGUCCAAGAAACGGUGUAAAAGCGCGGAGAGCCGCAGCCUGCGAGCCGCCGUCGACCAGCAGCUGACGGCGGCCGCGGAGGACAUUUUCAGGCUGCUGACGGAGCGCAGACAGGCGGAGCUGCAGCAGCUGAAGCAGCUGGUGACGGAGCGGAUCACCGCGGCCCUGGACAACAUCUUCACCGUGUUCGAGUCGAGCAGAGCGGCCGACAGACGAGCGGAGGAGCCCGAGUUGUGUAUGUCCGUCGGUGUCCAGAGUCCCUCGGAGGAAAAACAUCUAAUGCACAGCAUCUCCGUAGACGACCAACUGAAGGAAGCGCUGCCUGGCACUUCCUCCAGACCAGACGACGUCUCUGAACCAGACCAUCAACCCGCUUCUCCAGACAAUCCGGCUGGCGAGGAAGAAGAGGGUGAGAAUGAUGAGGAGGUGACGCCUCACUGCUGCAGAGUGUGUGGGAAGUCCUUUGACAGGAAAGGCUUUCUGAUGAAACACGUGGAGAAACACCUGAAGGAGGCAGAGUGUCUCUGCGGUCUGUGCGGUGAACGUUUGGAGUCCAGCGAUGGUUUGAGGCUGCACCUUCAGACGCACCGUGACAGCAGCCGGACCUGUGACGUUUGCGGCAAGAAGUUCCCCUCGAUCCGAGCUCAGGAGACACACCUGAGGCUGCACACCGGAGAGAAACCUUUCAGCUGCCACAUCUGUGGCAAAGUCUUCAACCAAAAGGGCAACAUGGUGACGCACAUGAGGAUCCACACAGCGGAGAAGCCGUUCAGUUGCUCCAUCUGCAGCAAAGAGUUCAGCCACACUGGCUCUCUGGAGCGACACAUGAAGGCCCACGAUGGACCGACGGCCUUCAGCUGCAAGGUCUGUGGGAAAGGCUUCAGCAAGAGUGCAGAACUGAGGCGACACAUCCGCAGCCACGAGUCCAACAACACGCCUGCUGUCAGGAGCAGACACAGGAAACCGAGCCUGACACCGUCUCACUGCUGCACGGUCUGCGGGAACGCCUUUCACAAUAAAGGGAACUUUGUUCGCCAUGCAGAAACUCAUUUAAAUGAGCCUGAGUGUCGCUGUGGUGUCUGUGGAGAGCAGUCUGAAUCCUCUGAGAGUCUGCAGCUCCAUAUCCAGAGCCAUAGAGAGACUAGUAGGAUCUGCGACAUCUGUGGUAUCAGCUUCAGGGACAUGGAGAUCCACAUGAGGACGCAUACAGGCCAGAAACCCUUCAGCUGCAAAGACUGCGGCAAGGACUUCCCCAGGAAAGGCUCUCUGGAGAGACACAUGAAGCUGCACGCUGGCGAGAGGCCGUUCAUCUGCGAGUUCUGCGGGAAGACUUUCAUCGAAAACACCGUCCUGAAGAGACACAUCAAGAGCCACACGGGAGGGAAGCCCAGGAUCUACUCGUGUGAUGUCUGCGGUAAGAAGUUCACCAUGAGCCAGCAUCUGGAUGUGCACAAGAGGAUCCACACAGGGGAGAAACCGUACACCUGUAGGGUCUGCGGGAAAAACUUCAGACAGAUUGGCAACCUGGACUCCCACAUGAGGAUCCACACAGGCGAGAAGCCGUUCAUCUGCAGCCUCUGUGGGAAGAGGUUUCGCCAGAAAAUCUCACUAGAGACACAUGAGAGGUUCCACAAGAAAGAGAAACCAUUCAGCUGCCAGCUCUGCACCAAGGGCUUCGUCCAGAAGAUCGACCUGAAGAGACACAUGCUGACGCACACUGGAGAGAAACCCUACAGCUGCCGCGUCUGUGGGAAGAGGUAUCAGGAGAAACGCUCAGUGGACUCUCACAUGAAGGUUCACACCGGAGAACGAGCCGCCAAAGAUCUGCCGGUGACACCGAAACAUCAGGAAGGGGUUCACACGGACUUCAUCCAGCUUUGACCUGCAGAGACACAGAGACUUCAGUCUGUCUCACUGGCUGAGACAUCAGGAGUCACAGUCUGAACCCACGUCGGCCCCCUGGAGAGUCUCAGGGCAACAGAAGCGGACUUCAUUGUUUUACUGAAGACUCCUUUGGGAAACAGUCUGCAGGAGCAGACGCAGACAUUGAGCAGCUCUGUGGUCAGUUAUCAAGAUGGAGGCUGCAGUGCUGAACGCUGACUGGUCAAAUACAAACUGUAUCAGGAGUGUCCUGGACCUGAAGGUCACUGACUGUCAGGGACCUGAGAACUCAUCUCAUCUGUCUGUCUCUCAGACGCCGCCCUGACAGGUUAAUGAAUGGAACAUGUGACUUUGAGAUCUGAUCAGAUCCAGCAGACCUACAGAGACCAACAAGGAGUUAAAGGAGCAGUUCAGCCAUACAUUAUAAACUCUGUCCUCCUCUCGUCCUCCUGAUGAUAUAAAGAUGUCUCCAACAGCUCAUCUGCUGUGAUCACAGUCUGCAGGAGAGAAGGCAUUACUAGCUGAUCUCAGACCAAAUUUAACCCUUUAUUAACAUGAAGUCUUCAUGUAGCUCCUGAGCCAACAGUGUUAGCAUCAGGUAGUUCUGCUGAGCUAACAGUGUUAGCGCUGUAUGAGCUUGACCAACAUUGUGGCUGUAAAUAACAUAAACCUGACUGAACUGUUCCAAAAAGACCGUUUUGUCUGCUUCACUGGUUCACUGAUGGAUGUGUUGAUGACAGUCAGACAUUGACGGACGCUCCCUGUGUCUCCUUCUGUGAGCAACCUCAAAUCUGUCUGAUGACAAAUCAUUGUCACUAGCAGAUGAAUUUAAUGUCUGAUGUGGCUGACAGACUCUGGUUCUGUUCUCACAUGUUGGUUAAUGAAACAGUCUGAACUUUCUGUCACUGAAAUCAUUUUGUUUGUUGACGAUCUCUUCAUGGUUUCAUUGUUUCAACAUUUAAUAUUUAAUAAAGUAGAAAUAAUCGUACGAGAUGUUUCAGCUGCAGCUCAGUGACUUUAUUAAAACACAAAGAUCUGAAGAAUAAAUUCUUUAAACCAGAAAACAAAAGUCUUUGCAGACAAACUCUUCAGGGACGUAACGUGAUGCAGUUUUAGAUUUUGCACCUGAAAAUGUUUCUUUCAACAGAUUAAACAGAAUGUUUGAAUCUUUCUGUUGAUGUAAGAAAUUCAUUUAAAAAAUGUUUCACACUU